AUGCCUUAUCGCAGGAAAUAUUCGACUCCAAAACGACCCCCUCGGUAUCGAAGCCCGGAACCGGCUUCAGCAGACGUGAGGCGGUUCUGUACCGACUGUUAUCAGUUUAUGAUAAAGAGACACCUCUGCAAUCCGCUUUGCAAGAAGUGUCAGUCCUACUUCUGCCCAGAAACAAGUCUUCCGUCUUUAGAGUCUAACGACCAAGAGAAUAGUCAGAUUCAGUUCCCGGAUUUGCUUCUUGUUAUACGCCAACUAAUUGAUUUUAUCUUUUCUGAAAAGAAACUGCAAUUGGACGUUGAACGUGGAGUCUACCGCUCAGUGAUUACGGCCCUAGGCGGGUCAGAGGCAUUUGCCCAUAUGAUCUAUAAUACUGUUGACUCAGAUAUACGAUCAUUACAAGGUCAGCUUAUCACUGUUGAAGUGCUACAUGCGAUCCGUCUUAAGCAGACCUCGAAGCCAGCAAUCUGGAAAGAUCCCUACGGCGGCUAUCUAGACUUUGUCACUCAGGCGAACCAGCCGACAUAUCUACGCUGCUAUAUCGGCCAGUCCCCUUAUUCUCGUCAUAAAGUUGUGCAGCUUCUAUCUACUUCGCCAGACUUUGAAAUCCGUGAAUGGGCACUCUAUCGCAACAGCGAAAAUCAUCAGCUGAGCCGGAAGUUAAACUCUAAGGAGUUGCCAAUGACAAAACAUAUGGAUAAGGAAGGCUACUGGAACGCUUUUCGCCAGGCUAUCAGUACUAGCUUGAGCCUUGAGGAAGACACCUUAACUCAAGCUAGUGAAAAUCUCUGGAGCCCCCUAGAAGUGCGUCCUAUAGACCCCCAAUCCUGGUUUCGGUCGACAGUUGCCAAGUUGCAACGGAAUAACUCAACAACUGGAACUGGAGCUGAGAUGAUUUGUCCUGUUGGGAGCUCUAAGGCUUCUAUAGGAGUUGUCUUUGAGAAUACCCCACUACAUGCCUACAAUGAGGGUGAUCAGGUUAUAAGUAUACCAUGGGGCCUACGAGAGAGUGGGUUUCAGGCCUCAAACUCAUUGAUCUGGCCCUUCAAUCUUCAAAAAUACGUUUGCAUACCAGGAAGCUUUCAAGUACAGUCCUUUUCUUCGACUGUCUCUGACCAUAAUCUUCUACGCGAUGCCUCUCAAGAGCUGAUAGCUGGCACUCAUCUUCGAGUUAUUGUUAUGUGCGGAGAUAUUGAAGGAAUUAUACUCCCGCCUAACGCGACGAAAAUAGCAAUAACUCUGGACGGCAUAGCUUACAACAUAUGGAUCGAGAUCCGGCAAGAGAGAAUUGCAAGAAUAUUUAUUCGUGCACCAACCCCUCUUUCUGAGCUUUGGGCUAGCCAUGGAAAACGAGCCUAUAAGUUAACAAGCAUUUUCAAGUUUAUUUCUGCACUUACUAACAUUACAAUAUUCCCUUCUUUUUAUGAGUGCUCCAUGGCUAUGGCUCUAAUAGUUCGACGGUGGGCUGAUGAGAGAGAUAAGAAGAUUCCUCCAGCUAUUCCUACCGAUCUUGAGCUAGUUCUAAGGAUCUGGCUCGCUGAUAAAGGGUUUGAGCGAGAUGAAAAUCUACUACGCUUAGCAGAAGCUGUCGGGGGCUCCUUACGAUAUAGUCUUCUUGUUCUUACAUUAAGUCUGCCGAAAGCAAGGAGAAAAGACCCUCGCCCUCGGAGAAUCCCCAGAUCGAAGGUUGAAAGACGUUUUGCUGUUCCAACAGAGUUGCUCGAUAGGGUUCGGUCGAUCUACAGCGAGCUUUGUCCAGCUCGAAGCUCUGGUCCCCAACAGCCAGACCCCCAAGCGAUCCAUAACGAGAGCUCUAUUAUCUCGGCAAUCGAUACCUUAAAGCUCAUUGAGGAUGAAGAAUGCCAAGGUGGUUUCACAACUGAACGAGAACUGGAACAAAUUUUGGGUGAAAAAGAGUCGCCGGAAAGGCCUUUUUCUUUCCGGGCAGGACUCAAGUUGUUAGUUGGGAACAAAUACCAGAUUAUUGGGAAAUACGCGAAGAGACAGAGGUUUACCAUUCAACAUUGCACCAUUUUCUUCAACUUGGAACAUCGGCUGGCGGAUGUGAAUUACGUUUGGGUGAAAGCAGAGCUGUCACCUAUAGGUGAAAGACAUCCCCAGGCAUGGGCUACAGCAGCGCAAGACCCGGACCAGGACCCUGGCGCUCGCCUGGCAUUUCGAAUUUACCAACUGGAUGAGAAAGGGGUUGAAGUUUGGUCAACUUACGCUGCAAGUGAUAGCUGGGAAACAAUAUGUCGGGCGAACAGUCUUGUCGAUAAGUUUGAAGGAAGCAGUUACAUCGAGCUCCGCGCCAAGCCUCGCAGAUACAUCUAUAUUGAUGAUCGAUACGCAAGGUUAAAGAGAGAAUAUCCGGAGCUUAUACCCUUUAUUGGUGGUGCAUACAUCGACAAUGAGAUGAAGGUGAUCCCUGCCAAUGGUCCCCGCAGAGGCCAGAAGUUGAGAAAAAGAAAGCUGUCAGAGAGGGAGGAAGAGGUGAAUUCCAAGAGGAAAUGA